AUGCGGUCGCCGUGGCAGUAUUUGCGCGGCUGGUUUGCGCGGGUGGGCAGCGACCCCUACUACGCCUCCUAUGAUCGCUCGCUGGGCAAUAUCAAGGCAGAGCUAGACCGCAUCCAGGCGGCACGCGCCGCGCGGCACAAGGCCUGGGCCGCCAUCCGCGCCCGCUUCCUGGGCGGCUUUGCCGCCGCUUAUGCCGCGGUGCUGGCGUAUGCCGCUUACGUCAACCACCAGCCGCCGGGCACCUACCGCCCCGCGCAGCAGGCCGCGCGCGUGGCGCCCGCCUUCCUGGCGCCGCCGCUGGGCUGGGCCGCCCACCGCCUGCUGGGCUGGCUGCAAGCAGCGCUGGACGCUCGCGCCGCCCGCCGCGUGCGGCAGCUGGACGGCAAGCUGCGCAAGCAGGUGUCUGAGCUCAAGGACUCCACCCGCUACCAGCGCACCCUGGCGCUGCUGCAAAAGUACGACCCAGACUAUGUGCCGCCCAAGCUGGAGCGCACGCCCUCGGCACGUGGCGGCCGCCAGCCGCUUGGCGCCAGGGCGCCUGCCGGUGGUGGCGGGGCGGGGCGCGCGGCGGGGGCCGCCGUCAACGCGGCGGGCUCAGCCCUGCAGGGUGCCGGCUCCCUGUUCCCCGCCCUGGCUCAGCUGUACAGCCGCGCCGCCGACACGCUGAUAGCCGACGACCCCGUCACGCUGGGCCUCCUGCGAGAGGCACAGCAGCAGUCGGACCUGCUGCGCCAGCGCCUGAUGGCGGCCGAGGGGCGCUCGGUCGCCCUCCUGCGAGAGAACAUCGCGCUGAAGCAGCAGCUGGGGCAGCCGGCAGAGGAGGAGCAGGCGGCGCUGGCUGCUUGGACGGCGGGCGGCGGCGGCGGCCCUGGCGCUGUAGCGGCACACCAUGAUGCACCUGCUGGGGCGGCUGAGGCCAGGCAGCUGGAGGGGCCGGCGGCGGACGAGGGUGCUGCAGAGCCCCAGGAGGCAGCUGAGGAGGAAGAGGCAUGCCUGGAGCCUGGUGCUGCUGCGCCGGCAGCUGCGGGCGCGGCAAGCGGCAGCCCCGGCAGAGUCAGCCGCAGGCGGCGCGGCAGCAGCAGCGGGUCGUGA